GGUCAGGAGUUGUGGUGGUGCAGUCCUAACAGUAUGUACCGUACCACCAUCGAUCAAUCUCAUCGCCGGUUGCCGGUCUUAGUGUUCGCAGCAGCGAUCAAUCUCAUCGCAUGUGCCCAGCCUUCAAUGUUGCUUCUGCUUUAUCAAUGUUUUUUGCAGGCAUCCCUCCGGAUCAGCAGCGCUUGAUCUUCGCGGGGAAGCAGCUGGAGGACGGGCGCACUGUGGCCAACUACAACAUCCAGAAGGAGUCGACGCUGCACCUGGUGCUCCGCCUGCGGGGCGGCAGCCGCGGCCAGUACAUCAUCAUGGACCCCAGCCUCCUGCAGCUCGCCCUCAAGUACAAGGAGAAGAAGAUGAUCUGACGCAAGUGCUACGCGCACCUCCCCCGCGGCACCACCAACUGUCGCAAGAAGAAGUGCGGCCACAGCAACGAGAUCAGGGCCAAGAAGAGGUUCCACAACAAGCACACCUUCUGAUGAAGAAGAAGAAGAAGAAGAAGAAGAAGAAAAAGAAGAAGAAGAAGAAGAAGAAGAAGAAGAAGGCCUAUCCGCCGUCGUCCAAUUUUGAAGCUCUUUCAUUCAAUUGCUAUAUUCAAUUUUGGAAUUGGUUGAAGAUUUUGGCCGGGCCAACGAUUUUUCAAAUCUAUCAGCAGCAACCGGCCUAUAAAGACGUAUCAAUCUCACGGUCCCCUCCCACCAUCU